AUGUCGGGCAUCUUCGAAGGGUUGUGCUUCGACAUUCAAGCUCACGACGUCGACUCCGACCGCGAGAUAGACAUUUGGAAGAAGAUUCGGAUGCACGGCGGUCGUUUUGUGGAGGAGGACCCUUGGGGAGCAGCUCAACCCGACAUUGUGCUUGUCCAACUCCCGCCUAAGGUCUGCACGACGGGCGCCUACGUCCAUUUCGUGCCGUAUCACAUCAAGCCUCCUGGCCCGUUUGACAAAGACUUCGAGGCCAUGAUGUGGAAGCAGGCGCAACGAAUCGGUGACAACAGCAAGAUCACCUUCCAGAUGGACUGGGUCCAAUAUUGCAUCAACGUGCGACGGGCUUGCGCCCUUGACCUCGCCGCGUUGGAGCUCUAUAGUGUGACAUCCCUCCACACCGAGAAGGCGGUAGAAGCCGCCUUCCGCAAUGCGUGGCUCAUCCCGAAGGUGUUCAACGGCUGGGGUAAGCUGGCCCCGAUGUCGUUCCACCUCGACAUUGAGGACAAAGACGUCGAGACGUUCUUGAAGAUCCAGGCAUUGCUCGGUCCCAUCCAAACUUCCUCGAUCAUCAUGUAUAGUGUCACUGAAUCCCGCCAUCUGUCGCGCAGACAGCUCGACCAGUUGAGGCUCCGCCGGCCCUCAAGCAUCGUGGUGAACGUGAAAUAUGCCGUCGACUGCAUGGCCCAGAACAAGGUCCUCGAUUACCAACCGUAUCUUAUCCAGGGUAUACCGCACUUCUGGUUGCGUGAAGACUAUGUUCCUUUCGGCAAGAUGCCGGUUCUGGACAAUGUCAUGUACCGAGUGGCCAAGUCGGACUAG